GUGGCAGGCCAGAAUCAGCCUUUAAGAUGGCGUCUCCUCAGGGGGGCCAGAUUGCGAUCGCGAUGAGGCUUCGGAACCAGCUCCAGUCAGUGUACAAGAUGGACCCGCUACGGAACGAGGAAGAGGUCCGAGUGAAGAUCAAAGACCUGAAUGAGCAUAUUGUUUGCUGCCUGUGUGCAGGCUACUUCGUGGAUGCCACCACAAUCACAGAGUGUCUUCAUACUUUUUGCAAGAGUUGUAUUGUGAAGUACCUCCAAACCAGCAAAUACUGCCCCAUGUGUAACAUCAAGAUCCAUGAGACACAGCCACUACUAAACCUCAAACUAGACCGGGUCAUGCAGGACAUCGUGUACAAGCUAGUGCCUGGCUUGCAAGACAGUGAAGAGAAACGGAUUCGGGAAUUCUACCAGUCCCGAGGCUUGGACAGGGUCACCCAGCCCAGUGGGGAAGAGCCAGCCCUCAGCAACCUUGGCCUCCCCUUCAGCAGCUUCGACCACUCAAAAGCCCACUACUAUCGCUAUGAUGAACAGCUGAGCUUAUGCCUGGAGCGGCUGAGUUCUGGCAAAGACAAGAAUAAAAAUGUCCUGCAGAACAAGUAUGUUAGAUGUUCUGUUAGAGCUGAGGUACGCCAUCUCCGGAGGGUCCUUUGUCAACGCCUGAUGCUAAAUCCACAGAAUGUACAGCUCCUUUUUGACAAUGAAGUUCUCCCUGAUCACAUGACAAUGAAACAGAUUUGGUUGUCUCGCUGGUUCGGCAAGCCAUCCCCUUUGCUUUUACAAUACAGUGUAAAAGAGAAGAGGAGGUAGGGGCCCAGCCCCACCCAAUCCUCUCCCCUUCCCUCCCCAGAUAUUUAUGUGAAAUUAACCGUGGCUUUAUUUUUUGAAAUAAAAGCUUUU